AUGUUUGAGUUAGCAAAAAGAUGUCUCGCAAAAAAACUAAAAUAUAAAUCACCAGCAGCAGCAGCAGCAACAGCAGCAGCAGCAGCAACAGCAGCAGCAGGAACAGCAGAAGCAGCAGCUGCUGCUGCAACAAUAGCAGCAGCAAUAGGAGCAACAGAAACAAAAAAUGAAGCACAAACAGCAGCAGCAGCAGACUCAGCAGCAACUGCAGCAGCAACUACACCAGCAGCAGUACCAGCACCAGCAGCAGCAGCAGCAGCAGCAGCAGCAGCAGCAGCAGCACCAGCAGCAGCAAAAUAUCUAAGCAAAGAAGAGAUAGCAGCAGCAGCAGCAGACCUCUCCUUCGCUUGCAUGCGGCUGGGGGACCUGCAGCUGAUGAACAACAGAUUUCAGGACGCCACUGAGGCUUGCGCAGCAUUAGCUGAGCGUAUCUGCAGCGGUUUGCUGCCGCUGCCGGCGGGGACGACCCUGAAGGCUGUGAUGGAGACAGCUGAGGACCUAGCAAUACAAAUACAAGAAAUAGAGCAGCAGCAGCAGCAGCAGCAGCAGCAGCAGCAGCAGCAGCAGCAGCAGCAGCAGCAGCAGCAGCAGAAAAGGGUUCCAGGGAGCCAGCCACACCCCCAAGAGACGCAGAAUCGAUCUACGCGCUCAGCAGCAGCAGCAGCAGCAGCAGCAGCAGCAGCAGCAGCAGCAACUGCAGCAGCAGCAGCAGCAGCAGCUGGGGGUGCUGCUGGUGCUGGUGCUGGUGCUGCUGCUCUGCCGCAGCUUGAAGGCCACACCCCCAAGAGACGCAGAAUCGAUCUGCGCGCCCAGCAGCAGCAGCAGCAGCAGCAGCAACUGCAGCAGCAGCAGCAGCAGCAGCAGGAAAGGCAACAGCCAGAAGAACAGAAACAGCAGCAGCAGCAGCAACAGCAGCAGCAGCCAGAUGCUGCUGCUGCUACAACAGACUGCAGCAAAGACACUCAACAGCAGCCUCCUGCAGCAGCAGCAGCUGCUGCUGCUGCAGCAGCAGAACCAACUGCAGCAAAAGCUGCAGCAGCAGCAGCAGACAGUAAAGCCCACAGCAGCAGCAGCAGCAGCAGCAGCAGCAGCAGCAGUUCACAAGAAGAGCCCGAGAACAAAUCAGCGCAGCUUUGUUCCUUAGCCCAAGCCUAG